ACAUGCUGAAACAAGAUGAUUGACCAAUUCAUCAAUUUCGUUAUUCGUCCUCCCAGGGCUGAGUAUGAUCCAGAACAGUACCUGUGGGAAAAGGAAUUCACCCUUGCCGGAAGAACAUACAUAAGGCAGGAUUUGGAGCUAAAGAACUCAAGAGGUUAUACCUUGCAGUGUAGCCAUUAUCUCCCUUCACCAUUCCCUGAAAAUGCUUCUCUUCCUUGUGUUAUAUAUUGCCAUGGAAAUAGUGGUUGUAGAGCAGAUGCCAAUGAAGCUGUCGUCGUUCUUCUUCCAUCAAAUAUUACUGUUUUUACUCUCGACUUCUCAGGGUCAGGCUUAUCUGAAGGAGAUUAUGUAAGCCUUGGUUGGCAUGAAAAAGAUGAUCUCAAGAUGGCAGUGUCAUAUUUAAGAAGCAACAAGCAAAUAUCAGGUAUAGGUCUCUGGGGACGAUCAAUGGGUGCCGUUACUAGCAUUCUUUAUGGAGCUGAAGACCCUUAUAUUGCUGGAAUGGUGUUGGAUAGUGCCUUUUCAAACUUGUAUACUCUGAUGAUGGAGCUCGUGGAUGUUUAUAAAAUUCGGCUUCCAAAGUUCACUGUUAAAAUGGCUGUUCAAUACAUGCGGAGGGUUAUCGAAAAGAAGGCGAAGUUUGAUAUCAUGGACCUUAAACUUUUGCCGGUAUGUAUUAAAACAUUUUUUUUCGCCAGAGCUAUUAACGAUGACAAAUUUAUUCAGCCCCACCACACUGAACUCAUCUCCAAAGUUUAUGCGGGUGAUAAAAAUGUCAUAAGAUUUAAUGGCGAUCACAACUCCUCUCGACCACAGUCCUUUUUUGAUUCAGUUGCUGUUUUCUUCUGUAAGGUGCUCCACCCUCCUCCAAUUCCUAGAACUCGAAAGGUUGAUAAAUAUUUCAAUCUGGGGAGUUUGAGACUUGGUUCUGGUUUGGAUGAGAGCCUGUUGUAUGAGAUACUCUCUAGUCUGCGGUCUGCAGCAUCAACUACCGAUGCUGCAAGUUCAUCUUCUUCUGCUCCGAACGCUUCAUUUGUAGACUCAGUUGGAGGCCUUCCCUCAGAAGUUGUCCCAGUGACUACAGACGAGCCAGAUGUCUUGAACCGAGAUUCUUACUCAUGUAAUAGCUCAACUAGAGAAAGCUGGGGCAGAUGUUCCAUUAUGGGAAACAGCGACGAGGAACCUACUACAGAUCAUGGAGCUGAGGAUAAUGCUUCUGAGUUAUUCUUUACUCCCAUGGGAAGCAUGAGAGAAAUCUUGCCGGACAAGAAAGAAGACGAAAAGAGUCAAAAGGAAAAGAAGAAGAAGAAGAAACCUGAUAAAGCAAAGAAGAUUAAAUCCGACGGGUUAGAAAAGAUCGAGUCCCUUAGUCGACGCCUGCGGCGUUGUUGCAUGCCAAGGGGAUCUUUCCAUCAAAGACACCAGUCAUCUUGAUUAGUCUUGGUUGCUAUUGCAUCUUGUAAUCCAUCUUAUUGUAAAAUUUUUCCACAUCAAUGUAAAAAUUUUUUAACCUGUGGAAUCAGCCACUGAUGUAAUUAUCAGGUUAGGCCGCCUACAUUAUAUCCUUUGGGUGCGGCCUUUUCCUGGACCCUGCGCUAACAUGGAAUGCUUAUGCACCGGGCUGCCAAUGUAAAAUGCAUUGAUAUUGUUAGGUAGCCCAUGAAAUCCAACUUUCUUUGUAGCUUGACUAGUUGGUUAUCUUUUAGGAAAAUUCAAGAAUGUACUACUAAAUGAGCAAAAAAUAAUGCUUUGUAGACUUGGCCCUGAUUAUACCAAUUGUUUAUU